GUCAGCGCUCUCCCACAAGAUAUGGCGAAUGGCCAUGUGUCCAACGUUGUAAGGCAUUGGCCACAUCGUGUGGGAGCGAUUUAAUGUGAUCACUACCAAAUGGUUGUCAGAUGUCAAAUUUGCUCGGACGACCUAACCUAGAUUUGUCAGUCGGUGUUUUGAAAACAAAAAGAAUUUAAUUAAUUUAUGUUAGAGGAUUCUAUGAAGAAAUAUUGUUAUUAAAUAAAUUCCGCUGCUACAGCGUCUAUAGUCAUGUCUGCCGAUAAGAAAGUGCUACAAGAGUUCAUAUUGGAGCGAGACAACGAACUACGUUUUGAGGUGGAAAGCAAAACAGAAAAAGUAUACCUCACCCUCAAAAGUGGUACAGCCGAGGUAUUCGGUACCGAACUAGUAAAAGCUAAAACUUAUGAAUUCACCGCAGGUGCUAAAGUAGCAGUCUUUACUUGGCAAGGUUGUGUUGUGGAAGUGAAAGGAAAAACUGAUGUCAUUUAUACUGCUAAAGAAACUCCUAUGGUUUUAUACUCAAACUGUCAUGCUGCUUUAGAGGUAAUGAGAGUAGAGGCAGAUAAAGAGAAUAAGAGAGGACCUAUAGCAAUGUUGGUAGGGCCUUGCGAUGUUGGCAAAUCAACAGUAUGCAGGAUUUUGCUGAACUAUGCUGUGCGGAUGGGUAGAAGACCUAUUUAUGUGGACUUGGAUGUUGGACAAGGCCAUAUUUCCAUACCAGGAACUAUAGGAGCACUGAUGGUUGAAAGACCAGCAGUGAUUGAUGAAGGAUUCUCUCAGGAGGCUCCACUAGUAUAUAGUUAUGGACAAAAAUCACCUCAGAGUAAUCAAACGUUAUUCAAUAUCCUAGUUCAGCAGUUAGCUAAUACUGUGAAAGAAAGGUUAGAAGUCAAUAAAAAAACACGUGCGUCUGGCGUCAUAAUAAAUACAUGUGGUUGGAUAAAGAAUGCUGGCUAUAAGCAACUGAUAAACAAUGCAAAGGUUUUUGAAGUAGAUGCAAUUUUUGUAUUAGAUCAAGAAAGACUAUACAAUGAACUAGUUAGAGAUAUGCCAAAUUUUGUAAAAAUUAUAUUUAUGGCAAAAAGUGGUGGGGUCGUUGAACGUUCUAAAAGUCUCAGAGUAGAAGCCAGGGACCAAAGAAUCAGAGAAUACUUUUAUGGCACUCCUAAGAAUUCCUUAUAUCCCCACUCCUUUGAUGUAAAGUUCUCUGAUGUCAAGAUCUACAAAGUUGGGGCACCAGCAUUGCCUGAUUCCUGUUUACCAUUGGGUAUGAAAGCUGAUGAUCACUUGACAAAACUAGUGCCAAUAACACCAAAUGCUGGUGUCUUACACCAUAUCAUGGCUGUCAGCUUUGCAGAAAAUGAAGAUGACAUAAUCACUUCUCAUGUUGCUGGUUUUGUAUGUGUCACAAAUCUGGAUACAGAAAGGCAGACAAUAACACUGCUGUCUCCACAACCCAAGCCAUUGCCCAAUAAUAUAUUGGUUAUGUCUGAAUUGCAAUUCAUGGACACUCACUGACAUCUGAUGUAUUAAUUUCUAGCCAGUAUUGUGUGAACCUUCAUAUAUAGAUAAGAAUGAAUGAGUGGUGUAUAUAUUUUUCUAAUAAAAAUUAUAUUUGAAUAUAUGCUUCAGCUAAUUCCUUU